UUAUGCAAACUUCCUUUCCUUUUAUUUCUCCUCUAACUUUAAUACGAAAUAAUUUUAUCGAGCUUUUUCGAUAGUCUCCGACGUCGAAUUAAGUCUCGAUUACUAGUAUCUGUUGUUUCGAUUGAUUGCCGUAGUUUGACAUUGUGCGUUUCUUUGUCGUCGUCGAUCGAUCGGAGAAGUGAAGUGAAGACUCGACGAUCGCUACGACGAUACGACAACGACGAUGUGGUUGUCGCGAAAUUCGUCGAUGAGGAAUGGCGAUUACUUGGAAGGAAUGUUGAGCGAUUACAUGGGAGGGAAGGCUAAGCACCUCAAAGCACAACGAUCGUCGUCGUCAUCGUCUUCGCCGGCGCGCCUCGUGACGGCAUUGACGUGCUUACAAUUCGGGUUCGCCGUAUAUGCGACGUUCUUGUUGUACUUCAUGAGCCCCGCAAUCGACUUAAGGUCGAAACCCGACUUCACGUGGGCUACGAAGUUCGCACAUCAAUGGCGGCAAUUGAUCGUCGCGCCACACGUCGUGAAUCGCUAUCAAGAAAUUAAUGCGACGGUGACGGCGGUGGCGAUCGACCUAACCCAAGUUUGCGAGCACGAGAAGAUCGAUUUCGAGCAAAAGAAAUCGAGCGAUGCGAUGAUGAUCAAGUUAAAAACAGAGCUUUACAGAGAAGUGCUUGAUUUCCAGAGGAAGUCGCUCGGAUCGGAGACGCUGCCGGAGCUAAUGUCGAUGAAAUCGAAAUGGGAUCGACGAGGAACGAACUCCCCGAAAAUCACGGUGAUCCUCAACCAUUUCAAGCGUAAGACGUUGUGUUCGCAGCUUGACUCGUUGCUUCACCAAACGAUCCCGUUCCAUCAUGUUUGGGUGCUUUCGUUCGGGAGUCCUAACGAGCGAUCGUUGAAGAUGAUCGUCGACGGCUACAACAACUCAAGAAUCAGUUUCAUAAGUUCAAGCUACGAUUUCAAGUACUACGGGAGGUUCCAAAUCGCGCUGCAGAGCGACGCAGAUUUCGUGUACGUACUCGACGAUGAUAUGAUCCCGGGAAGAAAGAUGUUGGAGAUCUUGUCGCACGUCGCCGGGACCGAAAAGUACAAGAAUUCGGUACUCGGGAGCAUCGGAAGGAUUCUACCGUUUCGACAAAAAGACUUCACCUUUCCGAGCUAUCGAAAGUUUCGAUCGAAAGAGGCUGGCCUUUACUUGCCCGAUCCCGCUUAUGACAUCAAUGUCGAUCGCGUCGUGCAAGUCGAUUUUCUUUCGAGCUCGUGGUUUCUCUCCGCCGAGCUAGUUAAAACUCUUUUCAUCGAGACGCCGUUCACUUUCAUGACGGGAGAAGACUUGCACUUGAGCUAUCAACUACAGAAGUACCGAGAUGCUCGAUCGUUGGUGUUGCCGGUCGAUCCGAAGGACAAAGAAACAUGGGGCGAUAGCGAGCACCGGCUGGCAUAUGUGUCCGAGACGACGGUGAUCUUCAAAGAUAUCGUUCAAGUUCGCGACGAUCAAUGGUGGAAAGCCCUCUCGACGGGCUACAUUACGCAAUGGGCUGCGAUGCACCCGCAAAAGAUUGACGCAUUGUUCUACGCGCAUUCCGUCGAAGAAGUUAAAGCCUUGUCGCCGCUAUUCGAAAAAUUCCGAACCAACGUCGGAAAGAAAGCAUACAUUGUCGUUUCGGGAGGUGAUUUUUGCCCUUGCGAAAGCGCGGCCGCAGCGUUGAAAUGGUCGAAAGCCGUGUGCAAGGAGAGACGGUUCAAGAUCUUCGAUCUCGGAGUAGGUGCUUUGUCGACGAUUAGUUCGAAGUCGGAGGUGCCGGUAUUGCAAGGUGUGUAUGCUAGCAUGAAAGGGUUGAUCAAGAUCCAUAACCCGAGCUUGGUGAUCGCGACAUCGGAUAUCGAUCCGACGGUUAGAAAAGCUUUGAAAAUGGCGUCGGAGAUCAACGCAAACACCUCGUCAUUGGUACUUUUACGGAGAUCCUCGAUUCCAAAAGCCCUAUGGAUGGCCGAUCUUCGCUCGACGGCUUUACCUAAUUGGAAUCGAAUGAGGCUUUCGAUAAGCAUCAUCACGCAAAAUCGGGCGAAUUCUCUAACGAGGCUUCUCAAGUCGCUAACCAACGCGUACUAUUUAGGGGACGAGGUCCCGAUAUCGUUUAACAUGGAUAGCAAAGUCGACGAGGCAACAGUGAAGCUUGUGAGCUCGUUCGAGUGGCCACACGGGCCUAAAACCCUUCGACGGAGAAUAAUCCAAGGCGGGCUAAUCCGCGCCGUGAGUGAGAGUUGGUACCCGUCGUCGGACGACGAUUUUGGCCUUUUGCUCGAGGAUGACAUCGAGGUCUCGCCGUAUUACUAUCUAUGGAUCAAAUACGCAAUCUUGUCGUAUCACUACGAUCCUCAAGUGUCCCUCCCGGAAUUAUCGUCGAUCUCACUCUACACGCCGCGAAUAGUCGAGGUCGUUAAAGAACGCCCCAAAUGGAACGCGACCGACUUCUUCAGGCGUAUCCAUCCGAACACGCCAUAUCUUCACCAACUCCCGUGUAGUUGGGGCGCGGUUUUCUUCCCUAAACACUGGAGAGAAUUCUACGUCUACAUGAACAUGAGAUUCACCGAGGAUGCGAAGCAAAAUCCGGUCCAAAUCCCGAAAUCCCGGACGAACGGGUGGCAAGCAUCGUGGAAGAAGUUCUUGAUCGACAUGAUGUACCUACGAGGGUACGUGAGCCUAUACCCGAACUUCCCGAGGCAAGCAAGCUUCUCGACGAAUCAUAUGGAGCCGGGGGCGCACGUGAACGCUAAGGACAACGUCGUCCGCCACGACAAAACGGACUUCGAAGUCCCGCUACUCAUGCAGGACUUCAGGUCCCUGUUGCCCAACGGGAAGCUCCCGCCGGCGUCGAAGUUGCCGUCGUUGAACCUGUUCAAUCAGGCGGUGUCACUUAAAGGGCUUAAGGCCGCCGGAGCAAAGCUCGGGCAGGAUGUGCUCGAAUGCAGCGCCGGUCAGGUCGUCGCCGUCGACUACCUGACCGGCCUGCCUUCGCAUUGCGCGCCAUUCUGACUGAAUUUAAUUUAUUUUGUACUUACUAAAAAAUUUUAUUUUUUUUAUUCGA